CGACAAAAAUCGAAAAGUUGAUCAUAUGAUUGUCAGUGGGUUGGUCUGGUUUUGCGAAGUUCACUCGUUCAUUUAAUUUUUCUAAACUAUAUCUUGAUAUUAUUCCUUUCUGAGGAAAUAUGGCAAGUCAGACACAGGGAAUUCAGCAAUUGUUGGCUGCUGAAAAAAGAGCUGCAGAAAAAGUAUCCGAUGCCCGUAAACGUAAAGCAAGGAGGCUGAAGCAAGCAAAAGAAGAGGCUCAAGAUGAAAUCGAAAAAUACCGCAAAGAACGUGAGCGUCAAUUCCGUGAAUUUGAGGCCAAGCAUAUGGGGUCGAAAGAGGACGUUGCAGCAAAAAUCGAUGCCGACACCAAAAUUAGAAUUGCUGAAAUGAACAGAUUAGUACAGGGACAGAAGGAAAAGGUAAUUGAAGACAUUUUGGCUUUGGUAUAUGACAUCAAACCAGAAAUCCACAAGAACUAUCGCCAAUAAAAAGAUAUAACCUGCAUUUACUUAAAUUUUGCAUUUAGGCACUAAAGUGUAUAUGUAGAUACUUAAUGUAUUAUAAAUUGUUCAUUCCAUUUUUAAUGUAUAUUCAAAGUAUUUCUUGUUCUGAUUUAAGAUGUUUAUCUUUUUGAAAUCUUCACAUUUCUGUAAUGGUGCAUUUGAUGCCUUGCUAGACAAAGAGUUUAAACCAAGGUUUGUUAUAAAUGUUGUAUUUCUGAUUUUUUUCAGACAAAUAAAACUAUAUAAAUAUU